AUGAACUCGACCUUUGACCCCGACGCCUGCACGUAUGUCACCUGCUCAGUCGAGGACUACGGCCGGCUGAGGUACAUCCCGUCGCUGGCCGGAAACGCAUUCUACCUCGGGGUCUUCAGCCUCGCGUGCCUGGCACAGGCCUUUCUGGGCGUGUGGCACCGCACAUGGGGCUUCAUGUUCGGCAUGCUGGGCGGGAUCGGCCUGGAGAUCCUGGGCUACGCGUACCGCGUGCGACUGCACUACGACGACUUCAACAACGACUACUUCAUAAUCUACCUCGUGGGCCUCACCAUCGGGCCGGCCCUCUUCUCCGGCGCCAUCUACAUCUGCCUCGCGCGGAUCAUCGCCGUCUACGGGCCCCGACUCAGCGUGCUCAGCCCGCGCGCCAUCACGGUGAUUUUCGUCGGGUGCGACUUCUUCUCCCUCGUCCUCCAGGCCGCCGGGGGCGCCUUGACCGCGCUGGACAUAUCGCUUAGCCUGGACCAGAUCGGGGUCGAUCUUUUGAUUGCGGGGCUUGCCAGCCAGGUCGCGUCGACAACUGCGUUUUGCGGUGUUUGUCUCCAGAUCAUGUUCUCCGUGCACCGACGUCCGGAUCUGGUCAACCGCAACAGCUCCGCACUUCGGAAGAGUCUGAAGUUCAAGCUUUUUCUAUCUGCAAUCGCCAUCUCCACCCUUGCGAUCCUGAUCCGCUGCUCCUUCCGCGUCGCCGAACUGAGCAAAGGCUUCAGCAGCGCCCUCGCCAACGACGAGGUCAAAUUCAUGGUCCUCGACGGCGCCAUGAUGGCCCUGGCCGUGUCGGUUCUCUGUAUCGGCCACCCGGGCCCCGCGCUGGGGAUUAUGUGGGCGCAGGGCGGGUUCAGGCUCUGUAGAGGCAGAGGCAGGGGCUCCAAGAAGCACAAGACGGUGCAGUUCGCGUAUGGCCUCUCAGCUCCGGAGGCGGCGGGGGUCGAGUUCUCGACCACGCGUGUUGUUGUGAAGUAA